AAUAGGGAGUUUAAGAAAGUGCCUGAUUUGGGAAAUUAAAAAGCACCUGGCGACUGUCUUUAUAUUUGAUCAUCUUUAAGUUUCAUAUGCCCUUAGUUAAUGUUCAUCUUUUCAGAAUAAGAAAUUUGAUAGCAAUGGCCUUUUGUGGCCAGUAUCGGAUCAGGCUCUAGAGUGGACGCCCCCGCGGAGGGGGGUCCUCUGAUAGGCCGGGGAUUUACAGUAGUGGGUAGCGAUGGCGGCAGGGUCGGGGGCAUGGUUCGGGCCGGCGUUUGGCCUGCGGUUGCUGUUGGCGAGUGUGCUUCACGCGGUGUCUGCUUUCAAGGCAGAGUUUUCAUCUGAGGCAUGCACAGAGUUAGGCUUCUCUAGCAACUUGCUCUGCAGCUCUUGUGAUCUUCUUGGACAGUUCAACCUACUUCAGCUGGAUCCUGAUUGCAGAGGAUGCUGUCAGGAAGAGGCACAAUUUGAAACCAAAAAGCUGUAUGCAGGAGCUAUUCUUGAAGUCUGUGGAUGAAAAUUGGGGAGGUUCCCUCAAGUCCAAGCUUUCGUCAGAAGCGAUAAGCCCAAACUGUUCAGAGGUCUGCAAAUCAAGUAUGUUCGUGGUUCAGACCCUGUACUAAAGCUUUUGGACGACAAUGGGAACAUUGCUGAAGAACUAAGCAUCCUGAAAUGGAACACAGACAGUGUAGAAGAAUUCCUAAGUGAAAAGUUGGAACGUAUAUAAAUCUUGCUUACAUUUUGUCCUAUCUUUUUGUUUUUAAAUGAAAUAUUACAGCACCUAGAAAAGAAUGUAGUUUUGUUUGCUUCCAUUAAUCAGUCUUUUUCUGUGAGGCAUUAAACAUCUAAUUAAAAGUUGAAGUGGCAGCACUGACCAUGACAUCUGAGGAGUAGGCAAGAUUAACAGAGCUCAUUUUUUAAUAAAUUUCUGUUCUCUUGCAUUUGUUGAUACCACUAACAAAAGUGCUUUGUAAUAGUCUUGUGAUUAAUUGUGCAAAUGCUGGUUUGUGACUAUUGGUCCAGUCUUAUAAAAAACAGAUUUUUAAAUUAGAUUGGUUAAUAAGGGAGAUUAUUGUUCAUGUACUGUAGGUCUUCUGAACGUAAUGACAGAAAACUACAAAGCAAAUAAGAUGUACUAAGCCUCAAUAGAUUGCCUACUCCUUAGAACCUUUCCUGUUUUUGUAUUGCCCAACUUUCUUUUUAAUGGAAAUAUUAUAUAUAGUUUAUAAUAAAUGUACUGCAUAAAAACUUUCUAACUUCAUUAUUUUGAAAUAUUGAAGAUCUGCAGUAAGAGUGUAACAGUCACAAAGAUUUGCAUUAAUGAGGACUACACAGAAAACCUUCCUGAGGAUUUGUGUAGAUCCGAUGUUUGGCAAAUUUUUGUAUUUUACAUUCUUACAAAAAAAGUCACAUUUAAAAAUUAUACCUGUAAAACCAAAAUAUAAAUAAAAACUUUGAAAAA